CGGCAACUGAUGUUUCUGGUGUCACCCUCUUUCUGCCCUCACAUCCUAUAAACGUUAUGACUUCAAGAAACAUAAGAACUAUAAGAAACUCAGCUAUCAGCAGAAAACCCGAACAGAGCACCUCUACUGGUCGACUAAAACCAAAGCACGGGAAGGCCGUCGAGAACCUCACUUCAGCAGCUUCUCACGAAUGGAGUCCAGAGCCGUACGUUGAUAAGGAAAGAGCCAUUAACUUCGAGUUAAGCACAGCAGCGAUGGAACUAUGCAAGGAAGUUAUGAAUGUCUACAACUCUAUCGACGGUAAUCCAGCCGAUGGACGAUGGACAGCAAUUUCGAACCUUCUGAAACCUCCUUGUACAAGAGGAAAACACGGGGUCUGGUUUCUACCUCCACAUGAAACGAGAGAACCCAAGGGGAAUAUGGAAUUGGUAGUCGAGAGGGCUGGUACCCUGUCAAGCCCGCGGUUCGUUCAGGUGAAAGAAAAGCUGAAGGAAAAGGUCGAGAAAUGGCAGAUGGAGGUUGUUGUUGAGGCAGAAGCUAAGGCCAGUCCUCGAACCCCGCAAGCCUUGACCAAGGGGCAAGUUACGAAGAAGAAAUCCGCUGAGACGAGUGUAACCCCGCAAGUGGGUGCCACAGAUCCCUCUUCCCUGGGAUUUUGUGCUCAGAAGUCACUGCCAUUACAGUUGAAAGCAAAACAGAAGUCCAACCAACCUGAUGGGAAACAGCCCGAGCAAUCUAGUAACGCCCCCCGUUCUUCAGAAACGACCUCAGAACGACUGAAGUCACGCCGAAAAGCCAUCACGGAUAUACCAGAGAACGAUUUCCUUCCCCCAUCUUUUUCUUCGUCUCAAAUUCAACAUUCUACACCUUUCAGGAAACCCAAAUCAUUGAGACGACCCCCUUCCCCAAUUCCUCUUGUCGAUAUGUCUACUCCGAGUAUCCACACAGUUCCACCUUGGACCUCUUCUCCGUCUACGGACGGGUUGUCAACUUCUCCCAUCCCGACCGACACCCGUGAUGGAACUCUUAAACCCAAGUUGUCUUCAUUGAAACCAACGACCGCGAACUUGGGACUUUCAUGCUCUCUUCCUGCCUUUGGGAGCCCCAAAACACCUGGCACAAGCUCAAACCUAUUAUCCAGGAAGUUUGAACAAUCAUCUUCCACGCACGGUGCCGCUCCUGCGCCACUUGUUCUAAGCUCCAAACGAUCGUCACCACGAUCUCUGCAAGGUUCCCGACCAUUUAAAAAGCGUCGCAUAGAACCGGAUGAUGAUCAAGCAGAUGUUGCAAUGAAUGCACCACCCUCCCCGCUCGUCGCGCCGCAGAAAGACGGCAAGGAUCAGCUACCCACAUUGACAGAACUUUUGGAGAGUGCUCGGAAGAGCGCAUCGCCCAAAGGAAAGAGGAAGUGGUACGGUACUGGAAGGCUGGAUGUCCGCGUGAUGGACAAAAAUGCCGAUGCGAACCAGGAAGACUUAGCAAAGACGAAGAUGAUAACUAAGGUGACAUCAGCAUCCGGUCCAUCACCUCAGUCUCAAGCACCAAGUAACAAAAUCGAGACGCAGCGAACAACCGCAACGAGUACUACCAUACAAGGAAGACAACCAGGUUGGGAGGACUUGCUUGUUCAGUCCGAAGAUCCCUAUUCUCUACCAAUCCCUGAAUACUCCCCCGCAAUUGACUUCACUUCAGGUUACGGGUUCGAUAUCACUGUUCCACCGAAGUCAAUGUCUUCCAUCGGUUCGGAUUCCGAAAAGGAGGCCGUGGCACUCCUCAAUGAACAAGGGCCCGACCGUGCUUCGCUCCCACGAAGCUCUGCAAACCACCCUGUACUAGUUCCCGAUUCACCAGCACUCCCGGAUUUUACUUAUGAUCCAGAAGCGUUUGCGCCUCAAAUGGCAUCUACACAACAGAAAGAUGUUGGAGGCGGUGACGGUGGCAAUGUUCGGGGCGAUGUCUUUUUGAAUAGCGGCGCUCGAGAGGGAACUGAUGAUGGGUUCAUGUUACCUGCCUCUCCCCCUCAGAAGCAAAAGAACAGUCCAGUCCGUGGGGCGACUGCGAGGUUUAGCAGUAUGCCUAUAUCGCAAUCUCCUAGUGGAACCCCUUCUAAAUCCCAGUCUCAAUUGCCGUUUGAAUAUAGCUCUCAGAUGGACCUUGAGGGCGGAGUCGAUCAAGUGAGCCGGUUUUUGGAAAAAGAUAUCAGUAUGGUGGACGUGGAAGAGGAGGACGUGGAUACGUAUGAAGCCGGGAAGGAUAGGUUGUCGAUGGGAAAUAAAGGAUGGGUUUAUUGAAUACUUCUCCCAGCAUCCCUGGUUGACCGUCGACGCAGUGCACGUGGUUAUCCUAAAUUAUCCUUAUCUACUUGAGGAGCUAAGGUAUAUUGUAGUAGCUCGAAGAUGUGUCACUGGUUCCUCUUCUCCCGGGCUUGUUGCAUGCAUCCCGGCGGACAACGUAUUGGAAUAUUCAGUUCGAGGAUACGAACGCAUCUAGCAAGCCUCGCGUUGCGCACACUCACAUACUGAUUUACCUUCGCAUUACUGAAGGCAUUGGAGACUCUUUCUAUUUUGACCGUCAG